AUGGCGCUCUCGGAGGUCCACGUCCUGGCGCUGUUGGCUGGACUCCUAAUGCUGUGGCAUGCUGGUGAAGCGCAACUCUCCUCAGCGUUCACCAUAGACCAGGUGAACCUGACGCUGGUUCCUGGCCCCGCGGUGGACACGGGCACCGUUGUGCGGCUGCGAUGUCACGUCCAGGUGAGCCACAGCUCCACGCGGCGCCUGGUCCACUCCUUCAGCUUCCUGCUCAACCAGGGCCAGGUGAUCUACGCCAAGAACACCAGCGACACCCAGGUGGAGCACAGCCUCGCCCCCGCCCGCGCCGCCCACUCCGGACGCUACACCUGCCGCGUCCAGGUGCUGGAAAAGCAACGCAGCAGCCAAGAGCACAGGCUCACUGUCUCAGGUCUGAUGACCCCUGUUCUGACGGUGAACCCCCGUGAGGUCUUUGAAGGUCAGGAGGUGAAGGUCAGCUGCUUGACCCCUGAUGAAGUGGGGGCCCUGGUAUUCCACCUGUGGGUAGACGACGACUACUUCCGCAUACCCCCGUCCGCAGUGGAGGACUUCUCGGUGAAGAUGACGAGGCCGGGCACCUCUCAGAUCCACUGCAAAAUGAACAUACUGGGCAACCUCGACGCGGGCACGUCCAACACAAGUAACGUCGUGAGGGUCACCGUGCACGAGCUGGAGGUCACACCCACCAUCAGUCUCUUACCCCUAUCUGACAUCAUCGAAGGUGACUUCCUGCGGGUCGACUGCGCCGUGCCGAAAUUCAACGACAUACCGAGAUCAGAACGUUCCAAACUGGAGUUGUUCCUCACCAAAGAUGGCCGUGUUCUCAAACAGGAACGCGGAAAGGAACAGUGUGGCGAGACGUUGCGAACAGAAUCUGCACACUCUGGGAUGUACGUGUGCAAGGCAGAGAUCGGGAACUUGCAGAAGACAGCGAGUGGCACAGUGUUAGUGACAGAUCUCUUCUCCGUGCCGGAGGUGAGAGUGGCGCCCCCGGUGGUGUUCGAGGGGGACAACUUCACGGUGUCCUGUUCCGUCUCGCACGUGGUCCGCCAGCGCCUGAACGAGUCCCUCGUCUCGUACAAGCUGUUCCGGAACCAGCGGGAGCUCCAGCGCGGGCAGCGCUACAUGGCCACAGCCGGCUCCGCGCACGACGGCGGCUACUUCUGCCAGGCCGAGGCCAAGGGGAUCAGCAAGAACAGCACGGAGGUCAUCGUCAAGGCCAAGACGCUGCCCUCCACGCCCCUCAUCACUGUAGAGGGUGCAGUGAUCCUGGGCAAGCCGUUCCAGGUGUCCUGCCGCACCAGCAGAGGCAGCCUGCCCAUCACCUUCACGAUCAUGCAGGGUCAAAGGUUACUGGAGCAGAAGGAGGUGUACGCCCUCUCCGCCCUCUUCAACGUCACCUCCAUCAGGAGGAGGACCGAGCUGCUGGAGUUCUCGUGCCACGCCCACAACGACCCCUCGCGCCCCAGAAUCAUCAGCAUGGCACUGCAAGCGCCGGUCAUUGAGCCGGUGUCCCGGGUGACGCUGACGCUGGAGCCCUUCGGUGGCGGCGUGACGGAGGGCUCGGACCUGAAGCUGACCUGUAGUGCCCCCCAGGGCUCGCCGCCCCUCACCUUCACCUUCUACCACAGCCCGCAGGGGGCGCCGUGGAGCCGGCAGCAGCUCACCCAGACGCGCGUGCCCGGCACCAACCGCGCCUCAUUCACCGUCCGCGCCAUCGCGCGCCACCAGGCCGGCCAGUACCAGUGCCACGCCGCCAACGCCGCCAACGACAGGAGCAGCUCCGUCGUCCACGUCCACGUGAAGCUGGCUGCGUGGAAGGUGGCGCUGAUGACGGUGUGUGUGAUUCUGGUGGUGGCGGGCAUCGGCGUGCUGCUCCUCAUCCUCAUCAAGAGAGGAAGCUGCUCACACACACACACCAAGAAGACCGGAGAACUCUCAGUGAAGCCGGCCAAGACCAGAUCAAAUGACCCACAGAGAGUGAGCCUCGUGCUGGAGGAGCAGCCAGCACCCAACGCAACCCCUGGCAUGCUGGGUAGAAGCGUCUGGAGUGAACGCAUGUCAGGCUCAGACUCUGAUAGCCAGAGUGGUGAGGAGGAGCACAGUGUGGAGGUGCAGUGCUCACAGGUGGCCCACCCCCCACAGACCAACGUGCCCACGCCCACCCCACCUGAGACAGGUGAAUGCACAGAACUGAUGACCAAUGGCACAGACACAGAGUACAGCCAAGUACAAGCCACAGUCGCAGACAUUCCAACACAGACUGAGGGGGCUUCUCUUGAAUACGCCCAGCUGAACCAUAGUGACCCCGAGCCGCAGUAGAAGACCACACCCAUGUUCUCUACUCCAACACACACACACACACACACACACACACACACACACACACACCCAUGUUCUCUACCAACACACACACACACACACACACACACACACACACACACACACACACACACACACACACACACACCCAUGUUCUCUACUCCAACACACACACACACACACACACACACACACACACAGACAGAGAGAGAGCGAGAGAGAGCGAGAGAGAGAGAGAGAGAGAGAGAGAGAGAGAGAGAGAGAGAGAGAGAGAGAGAGAGAGAGAGAGAGAGAAAGAAAGAAAGAGACGGCAGAAAGAUAACGAUGUACCUGGGCAUCAUUCAUAUUUAUUGCUCAGUAAAGGUUCUCAUCUCUUAUACACUGUCUAUUUGCUCUAUGGGCUGUGGACGCUGAAUGUGUGUGUGUGUGUGUGUGUGUGUGUGUGUGUGUGUGUGUGUGUGUGUGUGUGUGUGUGGGU